AGAAAGUGCUGAAGAAAUGGUCAAAAACAGGUUGGAAGGAAAGGAUAACCUAACUCCAUGGGAAAAAUUCCUAGAGAAGAAGAAAGAAAAAAGAAUCCUGAAAAAAAAGAGAAAAGCUACUGCUGAGAAAGAACAGAGUGAGGAUGAACUUCCAUCUGACGUUGAUCUCAACGACCCGUAUUUUGCUGAAGAACUUGAGAAAACAGGUUUAAAGAAGAAGCCAGAAUCAGUUGAAAGUACCUCAGAGGAUGAAGAUGAAGUUGAAAAACAGAAGGCUGAAAUGGCCCUACUUAUGAUGGAUGAUGAUGAGGAUGCCAGAAAACAUUUUAACUAUAAAAAGAUUGUAGAACAACAGAAUUUGAGCAAGAAGAAAAAGAAACUUUUAAUGAAAAAGAAAGAAUUGAUAGAAGAUGACUUCCAGGUAAAUGUUGCUGAUACAAGAUUCCAAGCCAUGUUUACUUCUCCCCUGUUUAACCUGGAUCCUUCAGAUCCAAAUUUCAAGAAGACAAAAGCAGUAGAAAAGAUCUUGGAAGAGAAAGCUCGACGAAGAGAAGAAAAGGAGCAACUUCUUAAGGAGGCGAGCAAGGGGCAGGAGAACAAGAUGGCAAAGAAAGGAGAGGUUGCCAAGAAAGCCAUAGAUCCUGCCCUAUCAAUGCUGAUAAAAUCUGUCAAAAAUAAAACCCAAGAGUUUCAGGCAAGGAAAAAGCAGAAACUCAAAUAACUGAACUUU